GUGCACGCCUCCAUUAGCCUCGCAUUGACGCGGUCCGCAACUCCUCUAAACCCUUCCUCUCCCUCCGGCGCCGGCGCCGACAUGGCCAUCCACUACCUCCUCCGCCGCGGGGUCUCCGGUGGCUCACUGCUCCACCCUAUCCGCGGUCUCUUCCUCGCCUCCAAGGAGCUUGGGAGGCGUCCGUUGGGCUCUGCGGCGGCGGGAGACGCAGCGGCCGAGCUGAGGGGCGCGCGGGAGGACGUCAGGCAGCUGCUCAAGGCCACCUCCUGCCAUCCCAUCCUGGUUCGAUUAGGUUGGCAUGAUGCUGGUACAUAUGACAAGAACAUUACCGAGUGGCCCAAGUGUGGUGGAGCUAAUGGUAGCUUGAGAUUCGAAGUCGAGUUGAAGCAUGGGGCCAAUGCUGGUCUUGUGAAUGCUCUGAAGCUGAUCCAACCUAUCAAGGACAAGUUUUCAGGUGUUACCUAUGCAGAUCUGUUUCAGCUUGCCAGCGCCACAGCCAUUGAGGAAGCAGGUGGCCCCAAAAUUCCUAUGAUCUAUGGAAGAGUUGAUGUUAUUGCCCCCGAACAAUGCCCACCAGAGGGGAGGCUUCCUGCUGCUGGCCCACCUUCACCCGCGGAACAUUUGCGUGAAGUAUUCUACAGAAUGGGCCUGAACGACAAGGAAAUCGUUGCACUGUCAGGAGCUCAUACACUUGGACGUGCAAGACCAGAGCGUAGUGGCUGGGGUAAAUCAGAAACAAAGUACACUAAAGAUGGGCCUGGUGCACCUGGGGGACAAUCUUGGACAUCUCAUUGGCUCAAGUUUGACAACAGCUAUUUCAAGGCUAUCGAAGAAAGACGAGAUGAUCACCUCCUAGUUCUGCCUACUGAUGCUGUGCUGUUUGAGGAUUCCUCAUUCAAGAUCUAUGCUACAAAAUAUGCCAAGGAUCAGGACACAUUUUUCGAGGACUACGCUGAAGCUCAUGCCAAAUUGAGCAAUCUUGGGGCAAAGUUUGACCCGCCAAAGGGUAUCUCACUCGAGUAGUUGUGGAUGGAGGUGACUGAACAGGAAGGGUCAUGUUUCUUUGCGUGACCAUUUUCGAAGGUUGGCAAGGAAAAGUUAUUGGGGUUGAAUGAUAGCUCCACAAAUUGGAUUCACCGAUUAAAGGAUUUUUUUCUUAGCGUGCCCUGUUUUUUUAGUAGUAUCCUACACUAUGAAUAAAGCAACACCUGUCAUUUCAAGAUAAAUAUUUGUUACACUAACUAACUGAAAGCAUCCGAAUCCUAAGUGGUUUCGGUGAUUAAUGACGACAUAAGAUCGUUAUAACUAACUUAUGCUUUAUUGAGUCCAUUUAAGUUAGGUCAC